AACACACAACACAUCAGGUCAGCAGUGAGGAGCAAGGCGCUAGUUAGAAUCUUUCCGAGAGCGCCGCAUUCCCUUUCGCACCCUCGCUACCCGAGGACUCAUCGCGGCUUUCCUUCCUCCAUCGCGCUGCGAAACCGGUCACAAUGCAGCUGAGCAGAGCGCUCAAGGCUUUUGUCCUGGGCCUUUCGGCGAUAUCUGUCGCCGAGGCUACAUUCAUCAAAGUUGAUGCCGGCCGCCAUGGAGCCGACAUCCAACGGAGGCAGGACGAUGACGAGAGCGCGACAUCUAAACCCGCUGUUACCAGCACCAGCGCGCCUGCAGCGGAGACGACGACAUCACGUCCUGCCGAGACAACCACAACCUCAGAAGAGACAAAACCGACUACCACUUCCACCCCGCCAGGGACCACAAGCAAAACUACGGCGGACAAUGCACCAACCUCGAAACCCACGAUAAGCGACGAGGCACCCCCCAGCACAACGUCUCCCGCCGCUGACUCAUCAACCACUGAGGCGCCGUCCUCGAGCUCCGCGGUCGGUGGCGAUGAUAACCAUGACAGCAGUAGCUCAGAGCAGCAGACAACGGUCGUUCAGACAAUCACCAAGGUCUUCACGUCGACGGCGCCCGAUGGAUCACAGAUGACUCUGACCAGCGAGACGGUCACGACGGCCACCGCGGGUCUCGCCGGCGGCAACAGCGGCGGCCAGUCCUCGGGCAUGUCAACAACGACACGCAACACGGUAAUCGGCGUGGUCGUCGGCGUCGGCGGCGCCAUCAUUCUCGGCGGUCUGGCGCUGGUCGCCUGGCGCAUCUGGGGCCGCAAGAAGCACAACGAGGAGAACGACGGCCUGAUGGACUACGGGAGCACCGCCGAGAAGCCCGAGUCGGGCGGCUCGAUGACCGGCCGCACGCCCUUCCAGAGCACCCUCGAGAGCUACCAUGCGCCAACGCCCAAUACGGCGGCGAAUUUCUAGGUUCUCACCUUCAAAUCACGAGCUCGUCAUGCCUUGCCUCACUGUCGAUAAGCCCUUCGAUUUCCCCACCUCACUCUGGGGACACUCGGAGUUCUCUUUUGUCUUUGUCCACGGAUCCGUUUCCCUCAAUCCCGCUUCUCUGCUCGGAGGAUAUUCUCAUGGCUCGCCAAAAAACAAGUCGGCUGAUUACCAUCAUGCAGACGGUAGGGACUACAAGAAGGAAUGUAGAAUAUGGCAAAAGAACCGGGGCUAUGGAGGAUG